AUGCAUCUUUCUGCACGCCUUCUCACAUGCAUUGCCGUCUUCGUCGCAUGCACUGUCAUCUUCACCAUUACUUUCGUUUCGGCCCGUGAUCCCACCUCGGUCUUCUUCAACCCCCGAAAAGGCUAUGCGCCGCGCUAUUCAGCCGUUCGACGCCAGGAAGCCGAAGCCUUCGUAUCGUCGUACAACCCAGCCAGCGUCGUCAAAGCCGAUGAUGAGAAGAAACGAAAAAUAUGUGUUGGAAUACCGUCGUACAAUCGACCGCAGGCGGAGAAUUUGCAGCACGCCGUGGGCUCGCUGCUGCAUGGCCUGACAACAGAAGAACGACAGGAAAUCUACCUCAUUGUCUUCCUCCCCCACUCCAAACCCGAACACCACCCGGCCUACAGCGAAAAAUGGCUCUCUGACCUUACAGACGAGGUCCUCACCUACCGCUACGGCUUCGACCGCAUGCAAUACAUCCGCGACAUGGAAGCCCAGGGCCGCGUUGAUGAAAAGAGCCUCUUCGACUACGGCUACCUGCUCGACAAGUGUUCGGAGAAGCUGACGCCCUACAUCGCCGUCUUUGAAGACGACACUAUCGCCGCAGACGGCUGGUACCACCGCACGCUCGCAGCCCUACACGAGGCCGAACAGCAAGCCGCGCUCGUGCGCUCCAUGCCCUCCUUCUUCUACCUCCGCCUCUUCUACACGGAAGAAUUCCUCGGCUGGAACGUCGAAAAUUGGAAACACUACCUCAAGAACUCGCUCGCUGUCUCCGUCCUGCCUACCCUCGUCCUCCUCUUCAUGCGCCUCACCCAGCCCACUACCAAACAUAACCUCUCCCUCCUCUCCCUCCGCACCUUCCUUACCGCCUACGCCAGCCUCGCAACCCUCAUCCUCCUCUUCUUCGCCCUCGGUCGCAUCACCGUCCUCCCCCUGCCCUCUGGCGUUCACGAAAUGCCUCAAUUUGGAUGCUGCAGCCAAGCCUUUGUCUUUCCCACCACAAAGGCCCUUGAGCUCCUCGCCUACCUCAAGGAGCGCCAUUUCGGCUAUGUCGACGUGUUGAUUGAGGACUUUGCGAAUGAAAGGGGCGAGCUGCGGUAUGCGGUUACCCCUUCCUUGGUGCAGCAUGUGGGCAGAAAGCGGCGGGGUGGUGCCGCGGAGUUGCCGCGGAGUAAAUGGGAAAUGGAGAUUGGCGAGCGGAUAUGGAGUUUUGGAUUCGAGAAGUUGGAUGCGGGUAAGUUGAGGAGGGAGCAUGAGGGUGUGGCUAGGGCGAGGGAGGGGUCAAAUAGUGCUCGUGCUGGUACUGUGGUAGACGCUAAGCUGGGGGCAAAGUAG